GACACUUUCUGUUGUAUCGCAUUUGAUGGAUUUUUAGUGUUUCAUUUCUUCCAUUUAUGUUACUUCAUUAAGUAUCGUACAGCUAUUUCUUUUUCUUACUUUCUCCUUGCUGUGCGCUGACAGAUUAGUUGAAACUCGCGCCAUCCGUGCUUUGACUUGUAGGUAGAGAAAAGGGAGGAAGCAGGGGAACUCCGAAUUGUUUUGACUCAGAGCAAGACCUCAAAUCAUCCCAAUGCCGCAAGGAUUGGGUUGCUGAAGAAUGGUAGUUUGAUGCCUAUCAAUCAUUUCCUCUUCGAAGGAUCCACGGGGUCUCGAAGGCCCUUCGUGGAAUUCGGCUGCGGAUUCGAGUUGUAGAAGUAGGGAUUGAAGUGUGGAGGUGAAGACAUGGAGUUUGACGGAGAUUCUGCUGAAGAAAAUGGGGAUGGAGUUGCUGCAUUGCGUAAGGAGACGAAGGAAAACUGCGAUGGUUGUUCCGCAAUCGGGGCCGAAUUUGCUCCCGAUCGAGAGUUUGCACGACAGAAUGGAGUGGAGGGCGAUCCUUCGUUUGUCUCUUCAAGUGAAGUCGAGAAAUUAGCAGGAAUAGGCUCAUGGCUCCCGAGUCUUGAGAACUGCAGAAUUGCUCGACUCAGCUUCAACGCUUAUAAGAAGCUGCCUUAUGGUGGUCAUAGCUUCUCCAUAUGCCGGUCGAAGUCCGAAAUAGAGGAAAGUCGAAAUUUUGAAUUGAGAUUGGACAAACUAUUGGAGACCGAAAAGAACAAGAUAAUUGAGCUUGUCAAAGUCCAAAAGGAUGGCACGGUGGAGGUUGAUGUUACCAAAAAUGAACCUAUGGCUUCUGAAUUACUAGAGUUUGAUGCUGCUGAUACACAACACAUUGGUGUUGGAGAGGGAGCAAUUGAAUUCCAUAAGUCAAUUCCACGGCUCAAGAUUGCAAUGCUAGUUGUUGGAACCAGAGGAGAUGUGCAGCCGUUUAUUGCUAUUGCUAGGCGUCUUCAGGAUUUUGGUCACAAGGUCAGGUUAGCAACUCAUGCUAACUUUAAAGCAUUUGUGGAAUCAGCUGACAUUGAUUUUUAUCCCUUGGGUGGUGAUGCACGAGUGCUUGCAGGAUAUAUGGCAAGAAAUAAAGGCUUUUUGCCAUCUGGACCAGCAGAUAUAGCACUUCAACGAAAGCAAAUACGAGCUAUUAUUGAUUCGCUUUUUCCAGCAUGCACAGAGCCUGAUCCUGAUUCUGGCUCUCCUUUUAGAGCCCAAGCAAUUAUUGCAAAUCCCCCUGCUUAUGGGCAUGUGCAUGUUGCCGAAGCUCUUGGAGUGCCAAUACAUAUCAUCUUCACCAUGCCAUGGACUCCAACACAGGAAUUUCCUCAUCCUUUGGCAAGGGUGCAUCAAACUGCUGGUUAUCGACUUUCAUACCUUGUUGUGGACUUGCUAAUAUGGUGGUUUAUAAGGGAUAUUGUAAAUGACUUCAGAAGAAGAAUGAAACUUUCACCCAUUGCAUACUUCAGUACAUACCAUGGAUCCAUUUCUCAUUUGCCAACUUCAUAUAUAUGGAGUCCACAUCUUGUGCCAAAACCAAAUGAUUGGGGCUCCCAAGUAGAUGUUUCUGGGUUCUGUUUCAUGAACCAUAGUCUCAACUAUCAGCCGCAGAAGGAGUUUCUGGAGUGGAUACUAUCUGGUGCAAAGCCCAUAUAUAUAGGUUUUGGUAGCAUGCCACUUGAAGAUGCUGAAAGGACAACAAGUAUCAUUCUUGAAGCACUAAAUUGUACAGGACAAAGAGGAAUAAUUGAUAGGGGAUGGGGUGGCCUUGGCAAGUUUCCAGAAAUAUCAGACAAUGUUUUUAUUCUUGAAGAGUGUCCACAUGAUUGGUUGUUCCCUCAAUGCUUUGCAGUGGUUCAUCAUGGAGGAGCAGGUACGACAGCCACGGGGCUGAAGGCAGGGUGCCCUACUACCGUCAUACCAUUUUUUGGUGAUCAAUUCUUUUGGGGUGACAGAGUACACGAAAAAGGUGUUGGUCCUGCACCAAUACCUAUUUCUGAACUCAGUGUAGAGAGAUUAUCAAAUGCAAUCAACUUUAUGCUUGAUCCUGAGGUGAAAAUACGAGCACUGGAAUUAGCAAAAGCUAUUGGAAGUGAAGAUGGUGUGGCUGAAGCAGUAAACUCCUUUCACCGUCAUUUACCUCCAGAAUUACCAUUGCCGGCUAUCGCCUCAGAAGAAACAGGAAACCCCGUUCAGUCAAUAAUUUUGACAAUGGAGAAAUGGUGGUACCUGCCCUGUAUCUCUUAGGUUUUUAUUCCUGAUAAAAAGGACUUGGUAAUAUUCUUUCAUUGUUUUUUGUCGUGCUCCUAUUUUUCCUAUAAUUUUUUAAUGUGGGGCAUGGCAUUAUAAAUAAGAAAAGAAGUACAAAAGCUAUCUUUCCCGCUCCAUUAAAGGAACUCCUAUUUUGAUUUGGUUCGUAUAAUGAUGUAACGCACGUGAAAAGUGGAUCAAGAAACAAUUAAUUUUGUUUCGGUAUCGUCUGUAUGUAUUCAGGUUAUCAUUGUAGAUAAGAUAUCUUCAUCAGUUCCUAAUCUUCAUUCA